UCGUUUAUUUGUCAUGUGAAAGUAACAAAACAACGGAUCUUUCAAUUGUCUGCAAUCGCUGAAAUGAACAACAGGGUGCGUCCCGUACAGCCACAAGUUCAGCCUGUGUCAGCGAAUACCAAAUCGGGAUGGCUGGAGUUUCAGGGCAAAAAACCCGAUAUCGAAGAACAAGAGAUAAACUACUUGAAGCCUUUCCUCCACUUCCUGAUAACAAGCUGUGUUGUGAGCGACAUCAUAAUCGCAAUCCUCCAAACAAUCACAAGCAUUUCACAGAAACACGGAUCAGUGUUAUAUUUAUGUCAACAGAUUUUUUUGAUGGUCUUCAUAUUGGAAAUUCUGGCCAGGUGGUAUAAUGGCUUUAAGAUGUUUUGGAAGAGCAGGGCAAACAUAAUGAACCUCCUGAUCACCUUGACUCUCUUUGUGGGAUACCGGAUCACUAGCAAUCCCAUCGCAUUUGCAGUUUUCAGGUGUCUACGUUUGAUUCGUCUGAUCUUGUGUCUUUUUUCCAUACAAGACAUGGACAGGACACUGAAAGCCACUUUGCAAUCCUUCUCAGAGAUGAAAAUAAUAUUUUUUAUAAGCAUGGUUGGCAUUCUGGCUUUUACUGUUGCUGGGGUCGACAUGUUCAGUACUACUCUUCCAUCAGCCUUUGAGAAUCUGCCUCAUACAUUUUACACUUUGUUUGUCUGCAUAACCCAAGACUCAUGGACGGAUAUCUAUAAGAAAUUACAAGAAGAUGAAAUAGGAAACACGUUUUGGACCUUAUUGUACUUCUCUACAUUCAUCUUAUCUAGCGGCCUAAUGCUUUCAAUGUUUGAUGCCUGGAUACAAGGCAAUUUCAUUGUAGCACAGAAACACCAGGCUGAGCAACAGCAUCCAACAGUUAAUGCCUUGUUCAAGGACUCACCACAUGCCAAACUCGAGGCUACGGACAUGAUUCAUGUGGAUAUGGUGGUUAAGAAGAUGAACAAGAAUAAGCAUCAAAAGCCAUUGAGGAGUGGCUAUACAGAAAACCUGACUGUAGAGAACUACGAAAAUUUGGUCAUCAUCAUGUCAGCGAUACAAAGACACAUAGAUGAAUACUUCAUCAUUAAACGAGAGCUACAAAAGAGUGCAGUGGAGGAGAUUAAGCAGCAUGACCAGGAGACACAGCUCAAGGAAACCUCCUCUUUGGAAAACCUGGUCAAUAAUGAGAUGGCCACUGGAGACAUAAUCUCCACUGUCAUCAAUUUAAGCAAUGCACAUCUUCUAGACACCAGUACAGACUCACCACAUCUCAACAAAAGCAAGAUACUGAAAGCUGAACAGGCACCCUAAGCUCAAGACGACCCAUUCCUCACAGAACUGGA